GCAAAGCAGUCAAGCGAAAAGAAAAAAAAAGUGAUCGGCUUCUUGUACGUUUUACCCAGUCGUUUGGCGACAGCAAUACAUAUGUAGUAGUCAACUGUGACAGGACACAGUCGAAUUUUGGCCUGGAUUUCAUGCAGUUGUUUGUCUAGCCGGGGAUCGUUUACUUUUGGGGUGACUUGUAGGGAGUUGGACGGGUCACUCUGUAAACAGCUAGGCAAGAUGAGUGAAGAGGAGACAGUAGACGGAUUGGAUCCGUCCUCACCACGACAGCCGCACUACCGCACGAUUGAUGAUGAACGCCUCACAGCGGACGAGAUGGAUGAAAAGCGCCAGCAGAAUAUGGCGUAUGAAUACUUGUGCCAUUUGGAAGAGGCCAAGGUGUGGAUUGAAGCUUGCAUUAAUGAAGAGCUACCUCCCACGACUGAGCUGGAAGAAGGUCUGCGAAAUGGUGUUUUAUUGGCCAAACUCGGCAAUUUCUUUGCCCCCAAAACAGUGCCUGUUAAGAGGAUAUACGACAAGGACCAGUCUAAAUAUCAGUCCCGAGGCCUUCACUUCCGACACACAGAUAACAUAAACCACUGGUUUGCCGCCAUGAUAGAAGUGGGCCUCCCUAAGAUUUUUUACCCAGAAACCACAGACAUCUAUGAUAGGAAAAACAUGCCCCGGGCCAUAUACUGUAUCCAUGCACUCAGUUUGUACCUGUUUAAACUGGGCUUGGCUCCUCAGAUACAGGAUUUAUAUGGCAAAGUCAACUUUACAGAGGAGGAGAUUAGUGCCAUGCGGAGAGAACUGGAGAAAUAUGGCAUCCAGAUGCCGGCCUUCAGCAAGAUCGGAGGCAUUCUGGCCAAUGAGAUGCCAAUAGAUGAAGCAGCACUCCAUGCAGCCAUCAUUGCCAUCAAUGAAGCCAUUGACAAACAGGUUGCAGAAGACACUAUGAAUGCGUUGAAAAACCCAGCAGCCAUGUUGGUUAACCUGACACCAGAAGGUUGCCAAGACUACCAGUCAGUUCUGUAUGAAGCCAAACAUACAAAACUAGAAAACGCCAGAAAUAAGAGCAUUGACCCUGACAGUACGUAUGAACCAGACAUUUAUGAUGAGAUAUUGACCCAAGCUGAGAUACAGGGCAACAUCUACAAAGUUAACACAUCAGUUUCACUGAACCGACUGAAUGAAGCCUUGGACAAAAAUGACAAAGCACUUCUUCUAGAAGCCUUACAGUCACCACAUUUAGGGCUGAAAAAUGUGACAGCAGAUAAUAUUGAGUUUUACCUACAAAAACUGAAGGAUUUGCGGGAAGUCAAAAAGAACAACAACAACGGUGGUGAAGUGAUACUAGAUAAAGAUGAGAUUCAGCAGGGGGUGUCACAGGCAAACCUGGAGGCAGAUGUGGAAUAUCAGAAGGAGCAGGCAGUGAUUGUGAUAAACGCUGCCAUCGAGGGGAAAGACGAGGCUCAGCUGAUGAAGGCUAUGCAGAAUCCCAACUCGCGCCUGCCAGAGGCUCAUGCCUUUGCCAGCUCCCUCUAUCUGGAGGAGUUCACAAACAUGAGAAAUGAGAAAGAGAGUAACCUGGACUAUGAUGAGAUUUUUGGAGGUGUUACAGUGCUGUCGGCCGUGGCUUUGAUUAACAAGGCUGUGGACAGCGGCGACCCCUCAGGGACAUUCACCGCCCUCUCUCGCGCAGAAGCCCACAUUGCUAACCUUGAUGCUGACAAUGCCCAACGGUACCAGAAACACCUGUCAGCUGAGAAAGAACACAAAGCUGGGAGCUCCUGUGACUUGUUGACUCACAGAGAAAUCAUCACGGGGGUGGACCAAGUCAACCAGCAAGUAGUAGAGGAACACGAACGUAUUGUUGCCAUUGGGGCCAUUAACGAGGCUAUUGAUAAAGGUGACCCAAUGAUCACCCUACAGACGCUUCAGAUGCCAUCAGCAAAGUUGCACAAUGUCAACGAGAAGGAGGCCAUUCACUACCAGGCUAUUCUGGACCAGGAGAAGAAGAAAAAGCAAGAGCAAACGAAGGAUGAGGCUGCAGUCCUGUGGUUGGAGGAAAUUCAGGCGGCAAUAGAAAAGGCUAAUAAAGAUGCCGAGGAUGCUAAGAAAUUGUCAGCAGUAGUGUAUGCAGUGAACCAGUCAGUUGAUGCGGCUGACCGCGAGGCCUUACAGUCCAGCCUCACCCACAGUGAUAUCUACCUGCACAGCGUGACCCCGGAAUGUACAGACACAUACAUGGAGAACCUACAGGCCCUGAAGAAGGAGAAGUCUGAAGCAGGAGAGACAGGAAGUGGAUGGAUGAUGAACAAAACCAAGGAGGGUCACAAGUUUUUCUACAAUGUUCACACUGGUGACUACAGCUGGGGCAAGGAUGACAGCAUCGUCAAGGAUUUCUCUCUGCUCACCAGAGAGGACGUCCAGGGUGUUGUGUCUGAGGUGACUGCAGCGUACGACCGUGAGCUGCUGUUCAAAUCUAACGAGCCCUUCAUCACAAAAGUGCAGGCGUUGUGGAGAGGUCAUAAGGCCAGGAAGGAAUACAGCGAGAGGAUGAACUUUAUUAAGAACCAGGAGCCAGCCAUCACAAAGCUACAGGCGUGGUGGAGAGGACAAAAACAGAGGCAGAAGUACAAAGACAGAAUGGGAGUAUUGCAUGGAAAUGAAGAUGCUGUCAUCAAGCUUCAGUCAAUGGUGCGUAUGUGGCUGGCCAGAAAGAAGCACAGAGAAAGGCUUCAGUACUUCAAAGAUAACGAAGACUCGAUUGUGAAGAUGCAGGCAUUUGUCCGAUCAGCCAUGGCUAAGCAGGACUACAAAGCCUUGAUGCAUGAUGAGAAUCCAUCUUUGUCUGUUGUGCGAAAGUUUGUCCAUCUGCUGGACACAAAUGAUGUGGACUACGCUGAAGAAUUAGAAUUACAGAAGCUGCGUCAACAAGCUGUGUCAGAAAUCCGAUCUAAUCAACAGUUAGAACACGAUCUGGAUCAAAUGGAUAUCAAGAUCGGCCUCCUCAUCAAAAACAGGAUCACAUUACAGGAUGUAGUGACACACAACCGUAAGCUGGCCAAGCAGCGAGAAAAGUCUGGCUCAGUGCCCAAAGGCCUGAAGGCUCUGAGUAAAGAGAGCAGAGAGAAACUGGAGGCCUAUCAACACCUGUUCUACCUGCUUCAAACCAACCCUUCUUACCUCGCCAAGCUCAUCUUUGAAAUGCCACAGAGCAAGACUACCAAGUUUAUGGAAUCUGUGAUCUACUCCCUCUUUAACUACGGCUCCAAUCAGAGAGAAGAAUAUCUGCUGCUUAAACUGUUCAAAACUGCCCUAGAAGAGGAAAUCAGCUCUAAGGUGGACAAGAUGACAGACAUUGUGACUGGUAAUCCAAUGGUGGUGAAGAUGAUUGUGGGCUUUAACAGGAACCAGAGAGGUCAGAAUGCCCUUAGGGACAUGUUAAACCCACUGAUUAAGGAUGUACUGGAGGACAAGAACCUCAAAAUUAACACUAACCCUGUGGAUGUGUACAAAAUGUGGGUAAACCAGACCGAGUCCCAAACAGGACAGGCCAGUGGUUUGCCGUAUGACGUGACCACAGAACAAGCUCUCAAGCAUGAACCCGUACAGAAAAUGAUAGAACAAGCCAUAGAACAACUCAAACUGGCCACCAACAAAUUCCUCUCCACCAUCCUCAACUCCAUGGAAAAAAUCCCAUAUGGUAUGAGAUACAUGGCCAAAGUGAUGCGAGAAGCCUUGUGGAAGAAGUUCCCCAUGGCUCCAGAGAAAGAUGUCCUCAAGAUCAUUGGCAAUCUGAUCUACUACCGUUACAUCAACUCAGCCAUUGUAGCACCAGACGCCUUCGGGAUUGUGGAAGUCAGCGCCAGUAAGGUCCUCACCAAUGACCAGAGGCGUAACCUCGGAUCUAUUGCCAAAAUUCUGCAGUUUGCCGCCUCAAAUAAAGGGUUUGGUGGUGAUAGUGCUCAUUUAUCAUGUCUAAACAACUACAUCAAGGAGUCUCACGAGAAAUUCAAGCAAUUUUUCCGCAAUGCAUGUGAAGUGGAAGACCCUGAGACCAAGUUCAACAUCAAUCAGUACACUGAUGUUACCAUGGUCACCAAACCAAUCAUUUACAUGUCGACUCAGGAAAUCUGCGACACUCAUCAGCUGCUGUUAGAACACCAGGAGGUCAUCACAACGGACAAUAGCGACCCCCUCCACGAACUGCUGGAGGACCUUGGGGAUGCCCCCAGCAUCACAGCUCUCAUGGGUUCAGACACUAUGGACAUGGAGGAGUUGGAUGAGUCUGUGAAGGCUCAGCGGAAGACGGAAAUCACGCUAACCCUGACCAACAAGUUUGAGGUGCCGGACGAUGACCAAUCAGAUCUCAAGAGUCUGCUCAUUAAAACAAAGAGAUUGACAGUUGAUGUGAUAGCGUGCCAGACGGGGGAGAACCUUAGCACAGUGCUGAACACCCCAGCCACAGAUGAACAGGAAGAGUUGCACCAAGCCCUGGUGAAGAGGCGAGAUCUACGGGACAAAAAAGCAGCCUCAACCUCUACAGACGAGAGCAAACUGAUUAGGCAGCCCUCCAUUUCUGGGGAAAACAGAUUGCCCUUGGAUAUGAUGAAGUCUAAAAUCUCCAAGAACCUGGAGAGCCUGGAGGCAGCAAGUAUUGUGUCCCGGAAGAACCAUUACCAAGAUCUCCUCAACAUGAUAGUACAGGAUAUUCGAAAUCAGCGACGCUAUAGGAACAACAGAAAGCAGGAGUUGGUGAAGUUAAGAACGACGUUGAAGAGUUUAAGUGAGAAGAGGACGUUCUACCAGGAUCAGAUAGAUUACUACAACCAGUAUGUGAAGAAGUGCAUGGAGAACCUUCAGAAGAAAACCAACCGAAAGUCCAAGUCAUUCAGUUUGUUCAAGAAAGAUCCCGAGAAGGCCAAGAAGGAGUCUGUGAAGUAUAGUGCAGCUAGAUUGUACGACAAGGGUGUGGUUCUGGAGAUAGAAGGGGUGCCACACAACCAAUUUAAGAAUGUAUUGUUUGAGAUUGCGGCUACCGAUGACCCAGGUGUAUUUGACGUCAAUGCCAAGUUCUUGGGGGUGGAGAUGCACAAAGUAGAGCUGGUCUUCCAGGAUUUGCUGCAGCUGCAGUAUGAAGGUGUGGCAGUGAUGAAGAUGUUUGACACGGCCAAAGUCAACGUCAAUUUACUGAUCUUCCUCCUCAACAGAAAGUUCUACGGCAAGUGAGAGAGCUGUUAUAGGGCAGGACCAGUACGAGUGUGACAGGCUUUUGAGGACAGGCUGUUUGUGGUCAUAUCUGCAGGUUUUAUUGGAAUUGUAUUCUGAUUCAUGUAAACAUAAACAGAUCGGAGGGAUAUUGUCCCACAUAUUUUAUUGGCUUACCAGGCAAGAUAAUGGAUCACUUAACGGAUCACUUGUUUGAUAAUUUAUUGGCUAAAGACACAAAUAUCACGACUGAAUAGAUGGUCAUUAUGCGAAAUUGAAUCUCCUGUAUAUCCACAUCAUGGGUGUGUGUGUAUAUAUAUAUAUAUAUAUAUAAUCACCUUCCAGUUUAAUGUGGACCACUUCUAUUGUUAUUUUAAAAUCUUAUCUAUACAUAUUGGAUUUGCCAUAUUUAGUUUUAUUUUACUUGCAAGAGCAAUUUUUGAUAAAGUGGAAAUUUAGAAUAUUGUGCGUUUAUCUUGCCAAUUGCAUAAAUGCUUAGGGACCAUUGAUAUCAGACUUUUUACCCUCACUUGAUAUGGUUGGUUUUUAGAACAAAACCAUUCCUUGGAUCUAUAACCUGGGACUAGUUAAUACUGGCAUGUUUCCAUAGUCAGUCAUCUCUAAAGAUGUAUUUUAACAUUGUGUCUGCUUUUACAUUGUUACUAAAAUCAAGUUUUUGGCAUGUUAUUAUGACUCUUCAAUCUGGUGUAAUGUACAGGUCAUAUGAUGUAGUCUGUCUUUUUAUUGAUCUUUACCUAUGUUUUUUUUUUCUACUUUAAAAUGUAAUAUGGUUUGCAACUAUCGUAAUGAAACAAAAAAAGGUGACGAAUCUCUUGGCAAGGGGUCUCCAGAUUUAUAUGUGAACUUGGCUUUGUUAAGUUUGAGCUUAUGUGCUUGUGGACAUAUCUGUUUGUUGGUAUCAAUGGUGCUAAAGUAGGGUUGUGGGUGUAGACAUUGCCUGUUGACAGCAAAUGAGCGCUAGGAGAUGGGUAUAGCGUUACCCAUUCUGCUGAUAGACACCAUUUAAAUUUUCUCCAUCCUUAUUCAUGGUCAUAAAGUCAGAGGAGAGUUGUCAUUCUGUAUACCCCGCAUCCUGAAAGUUUUCAUUAAUUUUAUGUUUUUGCAUUUUGACAAAUUUUUAAAGUUUGUCAUUUGCUGUUCACUUCAGCAGUCUUGAAGCAUAAGAUCACUAAACCUGCGAUUGUAGGUUAUUUCCAAAAUAUCAUUUAAUGAUAUAAACAGCAGCCAAACUGGCGUGCUAAUACAGAGCAAUUAGAGCAAUUAGAUUACAGAGUUAGAGCAAUUGAAGUUUUUUUAGUAUUAGAAGAUAUCAGGGGGAAACUUUUGUAAAACUUUUUUGGAACCUUUUCUGUCAGCAUCAUCAGUUCACUGCUCUCUCAUUCUUACCUUGUGUAUUAAUUAAAGAGAUUGAUGAAGGUACACUCAGUAACUCGGAAUCUUCAUGAACAAGACUGCAGUGUAUUUGAUUCUGUUCCCGAAGAGUACAUGGUGCACAGAAUGAAAUAUGUUUCAUAGAAUUUGAUGGAUUAAAAUUUAUUUUGGAUUUAAUUUUAAUCAUCCUUUUAUGGUCAAAAGAAAGAAUUGCAGUAAUCAGUUGCUGAAAUACAAAAUCUUUUGUAAGACCGAACAUUGUCGGGGCGUGAUUUUUGCCUGAAUGAGUAUAAUCUAGCCGACUUGUUGAUAUACAAUUUAUGCCAUCUGAAUUAUUGGCAAUAUUUUUUUAAAACUGUUAUUAUUUAAAACCCUUUUUACACGUUAAUGCUGUUUUAAGAGUGUGCAGUGAUAUGUAAUAUAGCUUGUCUCAGACACAAGGGCUUUUUAGAUGUUUUCUUUGUUUUAACUUGUUGAACUUGUUGUAGAAGAUGUAGAAGACCUUUAAUACUCAGCUAUUACAAUUCUAUUUUGAUAGUGCUUUAGGAAGAGGGAAUUCAGUACAAACAAAAUGGGACAGCAGUUCACUGGCAGUUGAAAAGAUUUACUCCCCCGAGAGACUACUGUGUAAUGAUUUGUCACAGGGAAAAGGAAAUAGUGUCAUGCUGGUAAAGCAUUUUUAUCAAUUAAGAUGAUUAACCCAUAAUGUCUUCUGUAGUACAAAAAAGAGGAAGGCGACAAACAUUAUACCACUUGUCUCUUUACACAGAUUCUGGUGGAGGGAAGUGACCAGUCUACAAAAGGUUCAAGUGUGAUAUAAGCAAAAAUAGGGCAGCGUUUGCUACAUGUAGCUUGUAGACUAUAAAGCUGAGCUUGUGUUUUUGUGUCCGUUAGCUUGAUUUGAUCUGACCUAGAUGUGACAGGAAUCUAAAGUCUAAGAUGCCUGUUAACCAGGUCAUGAUAUUGCAGUUAGAUAAAAUAAAUUUAGAUCUCACAUAGCACUGGUUGAAAAACAAUUCUUGAAGAAUGUUUUCAGCACAUUUAUAUAUCCGAGUUUUGUUUUGAUAUUCUCCAAUACAGUUUCCAGUUAACAGUAUCAAUUAUCGGAGUUUGACCUUUCAUCUCCGAUUCUUUACAGACCUUUAGUUUUGGUUACAUGCUGAUGUAAAUGUUUGUAUGAAGAUGCCAAAAAUGUGAACUGAAAACUGAUCUGAUGUUGCAUUCCCAAGAUCUGUGGAGCAGAUUUUGCACCUUGUGCUAAUUGGCAUGAGGCAGAUCCAUUGUAAGUAACUUCCACUACCAGAGUACACAUUUGUUAUUUUAAUAUGACCCCUGUUCUGUGUACAAAUGAUAAAACAUCUAUGCACACCCAUGUAUCAUGAUGGAGCAAUUCCAACGUUAUUCUGGCCAAUGAUUUUAUUUAUGCCUUUGCAAUGUCUAAGCACAAAUUUAUAAAUGAAAUCGUGGGUUUUUUUUUAAAUUCUCAGCGUGAAAGGAACAAUGUUGUAAUAACCAGGGCUGGUGGCUUUCCACAGUGUACCAAUCUUGUUUCUUAAUAAAACAACCGUCAUCAGA